GCGCGGAGCGCGCAGCGAGGGCCGGAGGGAGGGAGGGAGGGCGGGCGAGGGGAGAGGACUGAACACCGGGGACCGGACCAGCCGGGCCGAGGGGCGGCGGCGAAAGGCAGAGCGCCGAGAUCUCUGUCGGGAAGCGCAACCUCCCCGGGCCCCGCGGGGCCGCGCAGGGGGCGUUCUCAAUCCCGCGCCCGCUCCCUCUUUCCAUCCCCUGCUGCCCGCAGGCCACCCCGGGGCCCGGUUAUCCGCGCUCGCGUACCCGGGCUCGGGCCCGUCCCCGGCCCUCGAGGGAUCCGCUGCCCUCACCGAGACCUCUGCAGCGGCCGCACCAGAGGCCGCCCCGGCAGGACCCCGGCGUGAGCAUCGAGCGCCCCCCAAAGAGUGCACGACCCCCGGAGCCGCCCUCAACACGGACCGCGCCCGCCGGGCACACAAGAAUGGUCACUCAGAUACUCGGCGCCAUGGAGUCUCAGGUGGCAGGGGGCCCGGCCGGCCCGGCCCUGCCCAACGGGCCACUCCUUGGUACAAACGGAGCCACUGAUGACAGCAAGACCAACCUCAUUGUCAACUACUUGCCCCAGAAUAUGACCCAGGAUGAGUUCAAGAGUCUCUUCGGCAGCAUUGGUGACAUCGAGUCCUGCAAGUUGGUUCGGGACAAGAUCACAGGGCAGAGCCUCGGCUACGGGUUUGUGAACUACUCUGACCCCAACGAUGCAGACAAAGCCAUCAACACCCUCAACGGCCUCAAACUGCAGACGAAGACCAUCAAGGUAUCCUAUGCCAGACCCAGCUCUGCCUCUAUCCGAGAUGCGAACCUGUACGUCAGCGGGCUCCCCAAGACCAUGAGCCAGAAAGAGAUGGAGCAGCUCUUCUCCCAGUACGGCCGCAUCAUCACUUCUCGCAUCCUGGUGGACCAGGUCACAGGUGUCUCUCGGGGAGUGGGAUUCAUCCGCUUUGACAAGAGGAUCGAAGCCGAGGAGGCCAUCAAAGGACUGAACGGGCAGAAGCCGCUGGGUGCGGCCGAGCCCAUCACGGUCAAGUUUGCCAACAACCCGAGUCAGAAGACGGGCCAGGCCCUGCUCACCCACCUCUACCAGUCGUCAGCCCGGCGCUACGCAGGCCCCCUGCACCAUCAGACACAGCGCUUCCGGCUGGACAAUUUGCUCAACAUGGCCUACGGAGUCAAGAGUCCCCUGUCGCUCAUCGCCAGGUUCUCACCCAUCGCCAUCGAUGGCAUGAGCGGCCUUGCGGGCGUGGGCCUGUCGGGGGGUGCAGCGGGCGCCGGCUGGUGCAUCUUCGUGUACAACCUGUCUCCGGAAGCGGACGAGAGCGUUCUGUGGCAGCUGUUCGGGCCCUUCGGGGCGGUCACCAACGUCAAGGUCAUCCGUGACUUCACCACCAACAAGUGCAAGGGCUUCGGCUUCGUCACCAUGACCAACUACGACGAGGCGGCCAUGGCCAUCGCCAGCCUCAAUGGCUACCGCCUGGGCGAGCGCGUGCUGCAGGUGUCCUUCAAGACCAGCAAACAGCACAAGGCCUGAGGCGCCGCCGCCCUCCCCACCCUCCCCGGGCAGCAGAGACAGAGAGAGAGAGAGAGAGAGAGAGAGAGAGACAGGGGGCCCGAGAGAGACAGCGCAGGCAGACCACGGACGGCACGAGGGCCCUGCAUCCCUGCAGAAGCCACAGGGUGAGCACUUGGUGGGGGGGUCUGCAGGGAAUGGGGGGUGCCUGGGGGCCCCCUCCCCCACCCUAACGCCCCUCCCCCCUAGGCUGGGCUGUUCACUCUCUCGUCUUGGUUUCGUUCAUGGUGAAGGUUUUUGUUUCCUUUUUCGGCUAAAAUGAAAGCAGAGAUGUGCCCCUAGCCCACCACUCAACCACCCUCCACGGAUGGCUUGGGGUGGGGGGCAUUGGGGGUGCCCUCCCAGGCCCCCUUGCCCAGGCCUCCCCAGUUACCUAGGUGAGCCUGAGAGGUGGGGAACAGGUUUAAAAAUCCCCAAAAAAGUGAAACAUGAGAGGGGUGUGGUCAGCCCUGGCCCAGAGCCCCUUGGUGUGGAAUGUGAGGAGCAGGGGGAGGGGCUGGAAACAGAGACAAAAUGAAAAAAAAAAGGGGGGGGGGGGUGGGAGGGGAAGAAAAACUCUAUUUUUGUAAAAAGGGAAAAAAGACCUCGUGGAGAAUUUUUACUGGGGAUUCUUGAACUUGAAAAAAAAAAAAAACCACAAAAAAAGACAAAAAAAAAAUAUUUUGGCAGGUUAUGUUUACCAACUGGGGCAGGGACAGGGAGCAGGGCUUAGGAGCUGAGGGUCCGUGGGGCCACACAGAGAAACACAGCCACGCAAAGAUCCACAGGGGCAGGCACAUGUACACACCCCUAGGGACACACACAGCAGCAGAGGGACCCAGAGACACGCCUCAGGAAAACUCCUUGGCCCAAUAAACACGGAAGAGCAAAGUAUGGGGCCACACACGCAUGGCCAUGGUGGACUCGGACGUGGGCAAAUGUGGCCAAGGGCGGAAGUGGCCACAGGUGGGUGUGGCCAAGGACAAAUGUGGACGCGUGAACAUGGGAACAUUACCCCGCGUGCACGUGGCCAUGUGGAGACAGAUUCAUUCGGACAUAAAUCUAGACACCCAGGCAUGGAGAUACGUAGUCACAACACCCAGAGACACACAGACAUGCCCACAGCAUCGUUCAGGCCCAGGUGAGCGGUCACAGCCCAGACCCCAGCCCAGUCCAUAGCCCACUUCCUCCGUUAGCAAGGCCGGCCGGCCCCACCCCACCCCCGACACUCCAGCCCCACUGGCCCCGCCCCAGGUUCUCUGCAGAGAUCUCUCCUGGCUCCUCAGUGGUCCCUGCUGCCCACGAUCACAGGCGUGCACACACAGCGUCCAUGCAUCCAGACACAGGAUACCUCGUUACCCUUUUGGCAUCAUGGUGGGCUGGAGGCAGCCCCCCCCCACAACACUUGAGGCCAAAGGAACCCCCACCCCCGACCCUGGGGCUGAGCCUCCCUGGGCCAAGGCCCUGGCCCACAAGGCCAAGGGGGAGGCUGGGCCCUGAGCCUCCCCGCUCCAGAGCCUCCCCCAGCAGCAAGCGCCCACCACUCUCCUGGACAGGCCCAGGGUGGAUUGGCCCCGGGGCCUAGCCCCACUUUCUCUUCCCGUCCACUUGUCACUCCCUUUCAGUUUGUUGGGUUUUUCUGUCUUUCCAGAUCAGUGAGGGCAGUGGACGCAGCAGCCCCCAUCCCGAGCCCCAGCCUCGGCUUCUGUCUGGACUUUUCCAUCCUCCUAGUUUUCAUUCUUUGUUUAAAAAAAAAAAAUCCAACAGAAGCCAAAGGCCGGAGCCCCCGGGAGCCCUCGCAGCCCCUCACCCCCACAGUGGGCCCAGUCAGAACCGAGAAUGGCAAACCCCAGUUUCAGCCCCUCCUCCGGUGUCCCUGCGUUUGGUGUCUGGCCUUGGCCCCAUCUGACUGCCCAGCUCUCUCUCCCCCACCCCUCCCGGUGUUGUUAUUAAACGUCUGUGGAGCUUCUGCUGCAAGGAACAAAAAGAAAAAAAAAAAUCAAAAAAGCGACAAAAAAACACAAACAGAAGAGGAAAAAAGCGACAAAAAAAAAAAAAAAUGGAAGAGAAAAAAAACCACACACACAGAAGAGAUUUAAAAAAAAAAAGAAAAAAAAAAAAAAAGACAUAAACUGGCACCAGUUAACUUUCUUGUACUUUUUUGCCGAAUUGAGCUUCUUGUAGUUUUAACUUAUUGCUAUGUUAACUAUUUAUCCUUGUUGCCCUGUAAGGACAUUUGUGUAUAUUUCUGUUCCUUCAUCCAGUUUGCAAGUUUAAAGGAACCACGAUGUUCUCUUUGUUUCUUUAAGUUUUGCCGAGACGUGGUUAUGCCUAAUUUAUUUAUAAAAGGGGAAGUGGAAUCAUUAAAGUAAUAAUAAUUAUUAAUAACAGUAAUGGUAGCCGAGCGGCGCCCCGUGGGGGGGUCUGUGCUCUGCGGGGAGGUCCCUGCAGCCAGCGACGUCCGGGGUCUUUAAUGGGAUUAUUUUUGCUCGUCUUGAGAAUUUUUUCAGUCCUAUUUAGCUGGUGAAACCCUAGCUUGUUCUUGAUACACGAACCUAUUUAUUCUUGUGGUUUUUAAGUCCUCCCCAACCUCCCCGCUCCCCUCCAGCAGGGCAGGCCCCCCAGCGGGUCCAUCCCUCUCCCUCUGUUUUCUUGGGGCUUUCUCCCCUCUGCUGUCCGCCCGCAGCGACGCGUGUCCACACGUGGACAGCGUGGCGGAGGCAUCUGUGAGCAAUAAGGGCUGGGUUUGUCCCCCACCCUGGGGGAGGCCGGGCUCCAGAGAGGGGGCACCUCCCCACACCCCCUCAACUGAGGCCCUGGGCCCCUGCCACCCCCGACUGGGAGGGGACUCCUUUUUCUAAAACACAGAACUCAGCCCAGCCAGCCAGGCCCCUUUCCUGGAGGCCAGCCCCUCACCCCAGGGGAGGUGGGGCCUGGGGUCUUCCGCAUCCCUGCGUGGGGCAGGGGCAGGGCCCGUGGGGAAGGGGCUCAGCCCCUCCAGCCCUCCCUUCAUCCUGUUAUUUAUUUGGAUGGUUUCAAAUCAAGACAGAGUCCAUGUUGGAGGUGAUAAAGAACUGUUACAAAAAAAAAAAAAAAAGACAAAAAAAAACCCAAAACCCAACAAGAACACUUUGCGUUGAGUUUAGACACUAUUUAUUACCGGGAUUACAGGCCUGGCCGCGGUAACAGACUUUUACAUGGAAUUGUUUAAUUAUUUGUACUUUUCAUGCCAGAAAAAUAAAAGUUCAGAAUCUUA